AUGCAGCUGUUGAGAGAAACUGAUUUUGAGAAUCUGUGGAAAGAAGCUUUUGCAAAGACCAAACAGUUUGAUCUUGACCAGCUCUGCCUGCCUCGUGCAAGUUUCUUUCAUAACUGCACACAGUCCUGCACAGCAACUGGUACAGCAUUACAGGUAAAACAUACACAGUUGGCUACCACCACUUUAAAGAAGUGCUGGCUGAGACUGAAUGGUGUUGCUUAUUUAUUUCUUUUAUUUGUCUCUCCUCUCCAGAACGGGUUUUGCCACUACAACCAGUCCCAGCUCACAGCCAAGGUGAAGAGCUAUACCAAUGUGACCUCUGGCGACCUGGAGGCUCUCAAACUGGCCAUCUUCAAGAAUGGGCCGGUGGCGGUGAGCAUCGAUGCGGCGCACAAGUCCUUCCUGUUCUACAGCAGCGGGGUGUACUACGAGCCCCAGUGUGGUAACACUGUGAAUGACCUUGACCAUGCAGUGCUUGCAGUUGGCUAUGGCGUCCUGAAGGGGGAGCCCUAUUGGCUGGUUAAAAACUCCUGGUCUACUUACUGGGGCAAUGAUGGCUAUGUGCUGAUGUCCAUGAAGGAUAACAACUGCGGCGUGGCGACUGACGCCACAUACGUGACCCUGGAGUGAAACCACGCGUGUGUAGAAUCAACAUAUUUAAUUAAGGAGAAACAAGUCAAUUGAAUCAUGAUGCUUAAUACCUCCUUUUUAAUGCAUAAUUCAGAAAGCUUAAUUAAAGGGACUCCCUGCUCCUCCACAAUCUUUUAUAAUAAACACUUUACAGAAAAUGCUACUGACUUUUGAACGUCCCUGUAAAGUUUAAGAACGUGCCUGUGAUCCUAUGAUGCUGGCCCUUUCUGCAGUGUUCUGACCUUGCUAAUGGUUCACCGCGGGGCUGGGUCACAGUGACUCUGGGUUUGCAGUACGGGUCCCAGCAGUGUGAAGAGAGUCUGAAUCUUUAAUGCUAAAAUGUCUGAUGGCAGUCUCUGCCCCUAAUAGCUUUGUAAUGAGGUUUGUGUUCUGCAGAACUUAAAAUAAAAAAAUUUAAUGUUUAUUUAAA